UUUGGUGGCUCCUUAGUCUUCAGCAGAAGACGCUAAAUCGCCCAGCUUCUCCAAGGUCGGGAAAAACCUGCCAUCUUUCCCACUGUUGCCACCAUGAAGCUGCUUGCAAUGACCAUGCUGCUCCUUACCAUCUGUAGCCUUGAAGGAGCUUUGGUUCGGAGACAGGCGGAGGAGCCGAGUCUGCAGAGCCUCUUCUCUCAGUACUUUCAGACUGUGACCGAUUAUGGCAAGGACCUGGUGGACAAGGCCAAGAGCACAGAGCUUCAGGCCCAGGCCAAGACUUACUUUGAAAAGAUGCAGGAGCAGCUGACACCUAUAGUCAAGAAGUUUGGAACUGAUCUGAUUAACUUCGUGAGCCAUUUCACGGACCACAAAACACAGCCUGCCACCCAGUGAGGUGUCCAAACAAUUGUCUUCCAACCUCAACUGGACCCUAGAACACCCACUAGCCAGGCCUAGAGCCCCUCUCCCUACCUAUCCCAUUUUCUACAAUAAAUGCUGAAGGAAUCAA